AAUUGGAAAUAUAUUUGUACAAUUUAUAAAUAUAAAAAAACCUACGAAGUAGCGUAACUUGACAGAUCUAGGACAUCUAUUUGUUUGAUAUAGCGAGACAGUAGCAAUUCAGCUAUCUCGCUCCGCUUCAAACUGUCAGCUGUCAAUUUGACAGAUAAUCCUAAUUUAUAUACGUCGUUUUCUUCCGGUUUACGUGUCUUGAGCCAGCUGCAUGAUAAUUUCCAGCUAUGACGCAAUUGCACCGAUAUCUCCCCAUAUGUACUGACAUUUCUGUAUUUCUAACCUAUAUUAUCUCCGUUGCUCCUAGUGUUCUCGCGCUUGUUUCUUUCUCUGUUUACAUAAACUCAGCAAUUUUACGCGUAAAAUAAACCAGUGCUGGCGCACUUUUACCAUCGUUCUUUUUUUUAAUCAAUUUUUCAAGGCGUGUGUGUACGUCAUUGGUCGCACUCUUUUGGCGUGUGCAACGUCUUCUUUUUUCCUCUCUCUCUCUCUCUCUCUCUAUCGUCCACGUACGACCGUACCUACCCAUCCGAAUGCGUGCGUGUGCGUGCGCUAGAGAGAGGCUAGCGUUGCGCGCGCGCAACGCCAAGUCCAGCUACGCAGCCAUUUGAUACUCCUCUCGUCAAACGUUGCGCCGUUGCGCGAGCCUUUUGUGCUGCGUACUUGUUGCUUAAGCUGUGCGGCUUGACGCGCGGCGCACUUCGUUGUCGUCGCGGCAACAAGGAAAGGUGGGAAGAAGAAGAAGAAGAAGCGGUCGGUUUAGAACGAGAGGGAAGGAAGUGUGGGAAAGAAAGGGGACGCACGCACCGGUAGUACGCAGAGACGGAUACACGCACUGGUUCGCCCGACGGCUUCCCACGACAUCUUCGCGUCGCUCGUGCGGACUACACGAGCUUUACCUGCACAGGACCGGUGAGACAAUUAUCAAGCAGUUAACACACGUGACAUUUUAAGCGCAAACAGCUGUUACUCUUUUUUUUUACCAUUUCUCGUUUUCUUGGAUCAGGGAAGCUCAUCAUGUCCCAUCAUAUUGUUACCGUUUGCGUGGUUUGUGUCCUAUGUGCCGCGCACAUCCCCUGCUCGGCACACACGAAUCUAUCGGACGCGCUACACGCGUCUCCGGAUAGUUUGACGAAUCAAUUAAAUGCGGAGGGAGAACCAUUUUGGACGUUAAUGAGAUCCAAGGACUCACACUCGAAGGAUCCAUCCACACUCAACACGCAUCCACAUUCGAAGGAUCAACACAGAUCACACUCGAAUAAUAACUUCAUUAGCAAUAAACGCGACAAUGUAAGAUUUCAUAGCACACGACACCUUAAUAAUAAAACUAGGAACAAUAAUAAUAAUAAUAAUAACAACAAUAAUAAUAAUAAUAAUAAGACAAAUGUGCCGGUGAUCGCUAAUGUGAUGCGAACUGCGUCGCACGAUGAUUAUCUCGAGAAAGAGAUAGCAGACAACAUGGAACACAGUGAAGAUGUGCGCGACACACACAAUUUGGACACGUCAGUGAAUUCGAGAGACGCGAGGCUGCUGGAGCGACUUAUUCUGUCAGAAGUGUCUGAUGCAAAUCACAAGUCUGUACAAUCUAGUGAAGAUUUACGUACCGUUACUAGAUCUAGAUUAAAAAGAGACGUAGCUGUAGACGAAAAGUACUUUAUGAGCAAGAUCUUCGAAGCCUACGGUGACGGAACGAGCGUGACAAUGGACGGUUUCGAAAAACUUGUCCGAAAGUUGGGUCUGCUGAGAUUGCUAACCGAAUCCUCGGAACUAGAAGACGGCGGAGCUGAGAGAAGUAGCGGUAAGAGUUUCACAAGUAAAGGCCUACACGAUGCAAGUAGUAAAACUAAUAAAGAAAGGUGCUUAAAUAGUCAAGAAUUACUGAGCACAGUUGCACAGGACGUGCACUAUGCUUCCGGUAACAAUGCAACAACACUGCCCAGUUGGCUCUUCGAGCGUGUUUGUCCGGCGCUUGUUUAUCAAUUAGCAGCCGAGUCCAGUUUGGAGAGAAACGGUUGCAUACGAGUGCCUGAGAAUUACAAGCCGGUUGUGUCGGUCGACAAGUUCUACACGUCUGAGGAAUCGGCGCGCAAUAACGUGAAAGUCUGGGUGUACUCGACAGCUAGUAUUUUCAUAAUUAGUCUUAGCGGGCUACUCGGUGUAGCGGUGAUACCAGCCAUGGGAAAGAGUUACUACAACCAUGUGCUGCAGUUUCUAGUUGCGCUGGCUGUAGGUACUUUAACCGGUGAUGCUCUUAUCCAUCUAUUGCCACAUGCAAGUUGUUUCUCAUUUUUACUCGAUAUUUUACGUAACUCAAAUAAGAAAUACCACUUUAAUAACGCGUCAAUUUUAUCUUAUCUGCAGGCGAUGAUGCCUCCUCAUCAUCACGAGCACAACGAACCUCACGAACACGAUCAUCAUAGUCAUGAAAGUAGUACUGAUUAUAUAGAUCAGCAUACUUUGAACAUGUGGAAAGGGCUAGUGGCCAUGAUAAGUCUCGUGCUGUUCUUUUUUACCGAGAAAGCGCUGAACGUGGCAGCCGAGUGGCGAAAACAUCGAAAACAUCGGAAUAAGUUACCCACACGUAUAAGAGUGAUGAGGGAGAGCGACGGGCCGAACAGCAACGUUGUUGGGGAAAAGCUGUGCAAACACAAAUACUCGUCGUAUCCGUAUUGUUACGGAGAGAUUGCGAAUGAGACUCAAGAAAUAUAUGUAGAUAAUCAUCAUGAGCGUCAAAUUAAUCACGAGAAACCGCCCAUCAUCGAGGAAGAGAAGCCGCUGACUUCCAACUGUAACUCCGUCACAAAGAUCGUAAACAGCGAUAUGGAGAAAAAGUCAAAGGAUGAGUGGAGACUAGACGACUCGAACAACGCAAAGAAAAACGCCGAUGGUGCCGACAUGUCGCUAAAUGAAUCUGAGAGCUACACCGUCAUUAUUCGCGAACACGAGACUAAACAUCACGGCCACAGUCAUUCUCAUGGUCACAUGCACUCGGCUCCCGAAUCCAUGUCUAGCGUAGCUUGGAUGGUUGUAAUGGGAGACGGUUUGCACAAUUUCACAGACGGCAUGGCGAUUGGUGCAGCUUUUUCGGCAAAUAUUGCGGGUGGAUUUUCCACCGCCAUCGCCGUUCUUUGUCACGAGUUGCCUCACGAACUCGGUGACUUCGCGGUGCUGCUAAAAGCGGGUAUGAGCACUAAACAAGCAGUUUGUUACAACUUAUUGUCUUCUGUGCUCUGUCUGGUGGGUAUGAUAGUUGGAGUGUUAUUGGGUAGCGCUCCCGCUGCCACUAGUUGGGUAUUUGCGUCUGCUGCUGGAAUAUUUAUAUACAUAGCAUUAGUGGACAUGAUACCAGAAUUAUCGUCAAGUCAUUCCGCAGAAGGCGGCUCACGGUGGCAGUUUACUUGGCAAGCUUUGGGGUUGUCGGCGGGCCUCGGAAUUAUGUUACUUAUCGCAGCCUACGAACACGAUCUUAAGCAUAUUUUUGACGACUAGUUUUAUAAGUAAUUUAAAAUUAAUUAAGGAUUUAUGUUGUAAAUAUAUUGGCUCUUUUAUAAAAAUCUUUAAAAAUACAGUUCUUCCUAUUACGUUUGAGUUAUUUAUAUGUAAUUUUCUUUUCUUUGAUUCAACGUUCAAUAUUCAUCAAAACUUAUUAAUUUUUGUUUCGUGUAUUUAGAGAGAGAAGAACGUAAUGGGAAGAUUUACGCGAAUUAGAUCAUUAAUUCGAACAAAGUGUUAGAUAUCUAAUCUGAAAUCGCUAAGUGAAAAUUGCUUCCUGAGAUAAACAAAUUUUUAUAGGUGUACAAUACCAAUAAGAACACACCAAUAGUCGAAUUAUCCAACAAACGAACUUACAAACUUGUGUUGUUUCUUUAACUACUCGCACUGAAGAUAUUUCCCCCCUUAUAUGUUUUUCACAUUUUCAAGAUCAACGCGCGUUAUGAAUCUUGCGUUAUAGUAAGAUGGAAUUUCAGAAUUGUAUGACAGAUUUACCUAACUAAUCUAAUCUAUAAAUUAAUCACAGAGAGAACGUAGACAGUAGAUGAUUGUGCAUGUAAUAGCAACGAAUAUCAAAUUUUCUAAUAUAGUUUGUUAUCACGCUUCACAUCAUCAUCCUCAGUACAUCUGUUACAGAUGUACAAUAUUGAUAUGAUGAGUAUGCAGUAUUAUGUUACGUUACUGAAAUGAAAGCUUCACUUUGCGUAAAUUCUACACUAAAUUAUGGCAACAAAACACAUUUACUUUGAUUAUCUAAUCAAUUGUCUGGUGGAGAUAAUGGAUUUGCUUCAGUAAUUUGUAAGUUUGUAGUAAAAUUGUGAUAAUUUUAUACAACUGAUCGUUUCUUACAAUGUGCGCGCGCAUACACACACACACACACACACCAAUCAAUUACCAGUUGAGGCUUAACUGAAGAUUUAUAGAAAUUAGCCUAUAGAUAUAGUACUGUCGCGAAAAACUGAACUGUUGUCGUUACGUUCUUGCAAUUUAAGAAGAUUAUUAUAGUGAUACCAUGUGAGUUAAUGUUUUUGUAACACAGUCUUAUUAUAUUUAAAAAAAAAAAAAAAAAAAAAAAAAA